AUGUCACUCCUCCAGCUACCGCCGUCAAGUCCUUGGCACCGCGCCAAUGGCACUCCCACGCUUACAACUAAAAGCCAGCUAUCUCCUGAGGGCUUAAGUCAUCUGGGAAGGAGACCUGAGCGCGAGCUGUCACAACUCGGCUGGGCCGGAGCACGCAAACCAGACCUGGGAGUCCUUCGACCGGAACCGAAACAAGAAUUCAACCCUGCUCCGGCCCUGACCUUGGGGAAGCGACACAUGUAUUCGCCGUCUGUAAAUGCUGCACGUGCGUUUGGCUUGGAAAAGCUCCGGACAACCGGCCCCUUGGUCCUCGAAUCAUCCACCCCAACAGUUCCAACCGCCUUGAGUAGCGGCGGCGUGCAUUCUUCAGCUGCAUCAGGCUUCAGCACUGUCCACGGUUUUGGCCCCGGCCGCGUUCCCACCUCUGCGGCUGAGAUUGCGUUCGACUCAAUCCAAGCCCAAAUCGGGACCACGAUGGAGCCGCCAAAGGCGAAAUCCAACGGAUCAGGGGAUGUACUACCAAAAGCCAAGCGCACGCAAAAGCAUCCUGCAACUUUCCAGUGCACUCUCUGUCCUAAGCGGUUCACCCGCGCCUACAACCUCCGGUCUCAUUUGCGCACCCAUGCAGACGAGCGUCCCUUCAUCUGCAGCGUUUGCGGCAAAGCAUUUUCCCGCCAAAACGACCGUAAGCGACAUGAACACAUUCAUAAUAGAAGAGUUGCUGAGGAAGAGUACCUUCGUCAUCAACAUGAUGGUAGACCUCGUGUAGAGGUCCCUUCCUCUUCCGGCGCACUCGAGGUCAACGGCUGCAUACAUAUGCAUUACACAAUCUCUCAAGACACCACAACGGCGGCGGCGGGAGAGGCGCGGAAGAAAGAAAAGUUAUGCGCUGUUAGAGACCGUAGAAAGAUACUCCCAGCGAAGACCAGGUGUACUACGGGCGCGCGGACUAGAGCACGGACAGGGCGAUCGAGCAUGGGGCAAAGGAGAGACAGGUGGUUGUUGGGCGACUUCAGACCCUCUUUUUCCCACAAAGGGGCUCUAGGUGAGGUAGAUAGAUGA